AUGGAGAAGGAGCCACAAGCCUCUUCCCCUAUAAAGGCGAUGCCAAUUCGCCACAUACCACCUCAAAGCCACCUCUUGAGCGAACAAGAGAUGUUAGAUCCUCAAGCACCACCACCUUCAUGGGAUAGUCCUCCAAGACCAUCCACUUUGAAGACAAAGAAGAAACUUCUUCCUUACCUUGAAGCAGCUGACCUGGAGACGUCUAGCCAAGCCGCAUCACACCAAGAAGAGUACCUUCUAACCACACCAGAAGAGGAGAUUGAACCCUGA